UUUUUUUCAGAUAAGAAAUAUUCAUGUUUCUUUAUCGGGAUCGAUAUUUUGUAAACGGAAAUGACGUCUAAAUGAGGCUGAUGGCGUACGAAAGUGUGCGUGUCAGUAGGUGGAGUGAUGAUCAUGCACACAAGAGUAGCCUGGAGGCUGCUGCUGAGGCUGCAGCAAAAGUCAAUGCAAUGCUUAUUGCUAAAGGAAAGCUGAAACCAUCCCAACUGUCACAACAGCAGGGUCUCAAACCUAAGAGUACCUCACAGCCAGGUAGUCUUAUUGUAGCUGAGGUAGAGAUUAAUGAUGUUCCAAUUGGAUGUAGAAAUAUGCUAACCAGGGGAGCCACGCAGGAAGAGAUAUCUAAACUAAGUGGAUCUGCUGUUUCAACUAGAGGUCGAUAUUUAUCACCAGAGGAGAAAAUGAGGAAUCUUGGAGACAGGCCACUGUAUCUGUGUGUCCAGGGUUCAACUCAGGAAUCAGUAGACAUUGCUGUUGGGAGGAUAAAUGAAAUCAUACUUAAUGGUAUGAAGUCUAAAGGUUCUCGAUUCACACCCAUCACAAGACCUGUGGCUCCAAUACAGAGACCAAUGCUGAGUCAACCCCCUCCCCUCAUGUCACUGGAAACCCAGCCCCCUCCAAUUCCAUCAGGGGUUCCAGUGUUGCAGGAGAAAUUAUACAUAGGUCUAGAACAUGCACCUCCAAACUUUGAUGUUAAGAAUAAAAUGUUAGGACCAAUGGGCUCAUUUUUAAACCACAUCCAGACAGAGACUGGUGCUAAAGUUACUCUGAGAGGAAAAGGAUCAGGAUUUCUGGAACCUUUAUCUGGCAGGGAGGCAUUUGAACCCAUGCAUGUUCAUAUUCAACAUGGACUGCUUGUUGGACUUCAGAAUGCCAAACAGCUGGCUGAAAAUUUGAUUCAAACAGUGCAGCAAGAUUAUGCCCAGUUCCAGCAAGCUUUGGUUGCUAUGCCACCCACUCUAUCCCCUGCUACAGCUACCAUAUUAGCAGGUCUGCAGCAGAGUACCCCAGGAGGGAUAUUUAGCCACCCUACUCUUGGUGCUCUGUCAGGUGUCACUCAGGCAUUAUCUUUACAACCCCAGCCAGGAUUACAACCACUAAAUUCCAUGCCUGCUAUCAAUCAACCGGUGAUGACAAAUGUAGUUCUCUCCUCUAGUCCUGUUCUAACUUCCAAUAACCCAGUAGGUUCCUCGAUAGCAGGUCCUCAUCCUCAGCAGGUAAUAGUACAGACACAGGUACCCCCUCCUCAUGCUGUUCCUCAUUUGGGGCCUCAGCAUCUUUAUCCGGGAAAUCCUCCCCCUGCCAGUAGCCCUCAGCCUCUGAUGACAACAGUACAACCAGAGUUAGUGCCAGCUUCACUACCGAUGUGGGGGUCUCCAGCCCCGGCUGGCAUGCCAGCCCAACAGAUCAUCCAACAGAUUCCAAUGAGUGUUGGUGCUCCAGUCAGUAGUUAUGGACCACCCAUCUCAAGUGCCUAUCCAUCUUUCUCCACUUCACUGGGACCAUCAACAAGCACGUAUGCUCCUAUCAGCAGCGUCCCACUAGCUAGAGUGUCCUCUCCAGUGGCUGUUACCUCCUCCACAACUAGUGGAUACAGCUAUAAUGGACCCCUGAAGGAGGAAAAUAAAAGGAGAUUUACAGAGGAAAAACCAGAAGAAAAAGUACCAGAAAACCUCCUAGGUUAUGAGCAUGGUCCACCCCACCUGACAAAUCUGGUGGUACAGGGACCACCCCCUGUACAGUCUCAGUCUCCCUCCCAAGGACAGCUGGUCCAGGCACCAGUCACUCAUGUCAUUCAGACUGUAACUCCAACACAGGUCAUACAUGGUCCACCUCCAGCUCAAAUAGUCCAAGGACCACCUCCAGGAUACCAGGCACCCCCACCACACUUCAUACAUGGGCCACCACCUCCUGGACAGAUUCCAGCCCCCUAUCAACUGGGGGCACCUCCUACUGUGUCUGAAGGGGUACCUGUAAUGUCACAAAGUACUCAACCACCACUUGGGUCUCCUGUGUAUUCUGUCCAUACUUCCAUUUCAGAGGAGGGCAGGGUAACCCACACCUACACAGUGCAGUCAAACACUGGAGGAUUGGCCUCACCCCCACAGGAGUCAGUUAAUGAAACAGACAAAAAAUUGAUGCCCCCUCCAGCUCUACCUACAGGAGUUAAACGAUCUGCAUCUGACAGUUUGACAGAGUCACCAGAGAGGAAGAGCAGGAAAGAUAGUGAUGAUGAGGAUGAAGAAGUAAAGUCCUCAAUGAGACAGCAACAUAAGGAGGCCAAAAAAUACCAGUAUAACCAAUACUCCAGCACUCCCCAGCUGUAUGGUCAGCCCCCACCACCAGAACAACUAACAACCUCUGUACAGUACAGAGGGGACACGUCUCCGGGGCAUCAGUUUGAACAGGCCCAGCAGCCACCCCCACAAUUUUUACCCCCAGGACAAGUGGUGUCACUUCCUCAGCCGACAGAGACCUCCCCAGGGUCAGAAAGUCUUGGCCAACCUGGGCUUCAACAACAGAUCAUCAUACAGCAGCCCCCUCAGUUACCAGGCCAUCCCCAGUCCCCUGCCUUCCAACAACCAAUGUACUCUGCCUCUGGUUCUCAUAGCCCUACACCUCCCCCUCCCUGGAAUCCAGAACCACCUCCAGUGUCUGGUCCAAGUCCUGGGCCAGCACAGCCAAUGCUGCCCCAGCAGAUUACACUGAGUGCUCCCCACAGAGUGAAUCCCCAAGAACAGAGACUCAUGACUGAAGAACAUAGAAUAUAUGGUGAAGCAAUACCUCCACCCCCUCCAAAUUUCCAAGCAGGACCACCCCCUCCAGGGUCUACUCCUCAACUUAUUGUUCCUCCUCAUCUUCCUCCUCCAACACAAACAAUAGUGUCAAUUCCACAGUUUAAUGGACAACCCCCUCCUUUCCCUGGCCAGCCCCCUCCACAGGGAGGAUACCAGUAUCCCACUGGCCCCCCUCUUACAAUGUCCUAUUGGUGAUUCAGUACAUUGUCCCUCUUGUAAGAUAUUGUUUGAUAAUUGGCUGCAGGUUCUUAGAACUUGUUGACACGUAAGUCUUAAAGUUCAGUGUAUGCAAAUCUUUUUAUCAGUGCAUGUAAUAAAUCAAAAACAAUGAACUGUUAGUUGAAGACUGUUAGAUUAUAGCAUGUUUGUACUGUGUGAAAGGUGCAUUAUGCCAUUUUUUCAUAAUGACCAAUAAUUUUGUUAAAUUGUUAUGUGUCAGUGCUUUGCAUUAAUAUGAAUGAUUUGUCAUUAAAUGACAAGAAAGGGAAAA